AUGACGUCUCUUAUCUCAGUUCACCCGCACCGUGUCUACUGCCUUACAAGGGAGAAGGAAUACGGAAGGCUUGGACAUAAAGAGGAUUUCAAGCGGAUAUUUGAAGUUCUCCAGUAUCCUGGUGGAGAUAAGGUUCGCCUGGCCGCCUUCCUUCUAAAGGGGAAUGCCUAUCAUUGGUGGAAGACAGUCCGUAGAGGGUAUACUAACCCUGCUGCCAUCUCUUGGGAAGAGUUUCAGAGGGCAUUCUUUGAUAAGUUCUACCCGCAUACUUACAAGAAUGCGAAGAGGUCUGAGUUUCUGCAUCUGAGGUAG